GUGUAAAACCACUGACUAGCAGACGCUCAUCUUCUUUAAUCAAUUUCUCUCAUCUUCUUUUGGUUUCUCUUUGUUCUAUGCGAAGAUUGCCAAACGUGCUCGACAUCCUCUACACUGUUGUGCUCCUGAAGGGAAAGAACCAGAAUUUUGAUAUGGAUUUCAAGUCUAUUGCUGACCUUUACACAAGGUUUAAGCCACACCUGCUUAUGGUUCUCGCACAGAUUGGCUAUACUUUUCUCUACUUUAUCACUGAAGCUUCUUUUAAACAUGGAAUGAAUCCUCAUGUCUACAUUACUUAUAGACAUAUUGUUGCUGGUGUAGUAAUGCUUCCUUUUGCCUAUUUUCUUGAAAGAAAACAAAGGCCGAAGCUAACAUUAGCUCUAUUUUUGGAAAUAUUCAUCCUCUCUCUCCUGGGCGUGGGUUUGACUCUGAACAUGUAUUUUGCAAGCCUGAAAUACACCUCUCCGACAUUUCUUGCAUCAAUGGUUAACACCAUAGCUUCCUUGACUUUUGUAAUUGCGGUUGUAUUAAGGCUGGAGAGUCUUAAUCUUCGAAAUCUUCGUGGGAUAGCGAAAGUUCUAGGAACUUCAAUUUCCUUGGCAGGUGUAAUGAUUAUGACAUUAUAUAAAGGUCCUGUGAUGAAAAAUCUUUGGGAUCCUAUAAUCCAUAUUGGUGGAAAAACUGCAAGCAAUCAAGAGAGCUGGUUAAAGGGUUCAAUUCUUACUGUUGCUAGCUGCAUGUCAUGGUCUAUAUGGUAUAUUAUGCAGGCAUUUACCCUAAAAAAGUAUCCUGCUCAACUAUCGCUGACUACGUGGAUGAGCUUUGUUGGGGCUGCACAGUCAGCUUUCUUUACCGUUAUUGUACAACAUAAAAAAGCUGCUUGGACAAUUGGGUUCAAUAUCGAUUUCUGGUCUGCUGUAUACGGUGGAAUUGUGGUAUCAGGUUUAAUAGUUUAUGUUCAGCUGUUUUGCACAGAAGCAAGAGGACCAGUUUUUGUAACCAUGUUCAAUCCCCUUUCAACAAUAUUAGUGGCAAUUUUAGCAUAUUUUGUUCUUGGUGAAAAACUAUACCUCGGCAGCAUAUUGGGAGCUGCUGUUGUAAUUGUAGGAUUAUAUUUGCUGUUAUGGGGCAAGGAAGGUGACCAACAACAAAUUCAUAGCAAAUCACAAGAUCAAUCUUACGAUGAGGAAGAAGAGAGCAAGAAAUGCAAAGUUGCUUCAGUUUGAAGUAAAGUGAAACUUGGCGAACCUUGGGGAGAUAUUGUUACCAUAUGUAUACUUCCUUUGAAACAUGAGAAUAGAAAUUUCUUCAAAGAUCAAUCAUCAACAGCGUACAUAAAUAAUUAACUUGCUUUUAUCAUUUCCAUCGAA